AGGAGGUGGUCUCCCACUGCAAGAAGCUGACCAAGAAGAACAAGGAGCACCUGGCGGGCAUGAUGGUUCUGGACAAGCAGAAGGGACUGAAGUCGCUGAGCAAAGAGAAAAGGCAGAAGCUAGAAGCUUACCAACACCUCUUCUACCUGCUCCAGACGCAACCCAUCUACCUGGCCAAGCUGAUCUUUCACAUGCCGCAGAACAAAACCACCAAGUUCGUGGAGUCCGUGAUUUUCAGCCUGUACAAUUAUGCCUCCAGCCGCCGCGAGGCCUACCUGCUGCUGCAGCUAUUCAAGACCACGCUCCAGGAGGAGAUCAGGUCAAAGUUGGAGAGGCCCCAGGACAUGGUGACCGGCAACCCCACGGUGGUGAGGCUGGUGGUGAGGUUCUACCGGAACGAGCGGGGCCAGAGUGCCCUGCGGGAGAUCCUGGGCAGAGUCAUCCAGGAUGUGCUGGAGGACAGGACGCUGAGCAUCCACACUGACCCCGUUCACCUGUACAAGAGCUGGAUCAACCAGAGCGAGGCCCAGACCGGACAGCGCAGCCACCUCCCCUACGAUGUCACCCCAGAGCAGGCCUUGAGCCACCCCGAGGUCCAGAGACGAUUGGACAUCUCCCUCCGCAGCCUCCUCGCCAUGACCGACAAGUUCCUUGUGGCCAUCAUGUCCUCUGUGGAGCAGAUCCCGUACGGGAUGCGGUAUGUGGCCAAGGUCCUGAAGACCACUCUGGCAGAGAGGUUCCCUGAUGCCUCGGAAAACGAGGUCUACAAGGUGGUCGGGAACCUCCUGUACUACCGCUUCCUGAACCCAGCCAUCGUGGCCCCCGACGCCUUCGACAUUGUGGCCAUGGCCGCAGGCGGCGCCCUGGCCACCUCCCAGCGGCAUGCGCUCGGGGCUGUGGCUCAAGUCCUGCAGCAUGCUGCGGCGGGCAAAGCCUUCUCCGGGGAGAGCAGACACCUGCAGGCCUUGAACGACUACCUGGAGGAGACGCACCUCAAGUUCAGGAGGUUCGUGUGCCGAGCCUGCCAGGUCCCGGAGCCAGAAGAGCGCUUUGCGAUGGACGAGUACUCGGACAUGGUGGCUGUGGCCAAGCCCAUAGUGUACAUCACCGUCGGGGAGCUGGUCAACACGCACAGGCUGCUGCUGGAGCACCAGGACUGGGUCGCCCCCGACCACUGCGACCCACUGCACGAGCUCCUGGAGGACCUCGGGGAGCUGCCCACCGUCCCUGACCUCAUCGGGGAGGGCAUGGCCGCAGAUGGGAGCCCGGACCUGAGCAAGCUGGAGGUGUCCCUGACGCUCGCCAACAAGUUUGAAGGGCUAGAGACGGACGCGGGCGACACCAGUGCCCGGAGCCUGCUUCUGAGCACCAAGCAGAUGCUAGCCGACGUCAUGCAGUUCCAGCCUGGGGACUCCCUCGAGGAGAUGCUGUCCCUCCCCGCGACCAGAGAGCAGGAAGCGGCCCACAAGCGGCUGACGUGCCAGCGCCGGGCCUGCGAGAGCCAGACCCCGGAGCCCCUGCGCCGGCACCGCUCGCUGACCGCGCACGCCCUCCUGCCGCUGGCGGACAAGCGACGGCGCGUCCUGCGGAACCUGCGCCGGCUGGAGGGCCUGGGGCUGGUCAGUGCCCGCGACGGCUACCAGGGGCUGGUGGACGGACUGGCCAAGGACAUCCGCAGUCAGCGCCGUCGGCGGCAGCAGCGGAAGGCAGAGCUGGGGAAGCUGCAGGCCACGCUGCGGGGCCUGGACGCCAAGACGGCCUUCUGCGAGGAGCAGGGUGACUACUACAGCCAAUACAUCCGGGCCUGCCUGGGCCACCUGGCCCCCCGCUCCUCGAGCUCUGGGAAAGGGAAGAAGCAGCCGUCGCUCCGUUACACCGCCGCCCAGCUCCUGGAGAAGGGUGUCCUGGUGGAAAUUGAGGAUCUUCCCGCCUCUCACUUCAGAAACGUGAUCUUUGACAUCACCCCUGGAGACGAGGCAGGAAAGUUUGAAGUAAACGCCAAGUUCCUGGGUGUGGACAUGGAGCGGUUUCAGCUUCACUACCAGGACCUCCUGCAGCUCCAGUACGAAGGUGUAGCUGUCAUGAAACUCUUCAACAAGGCCAGGGUCAACGUCAACCUUCUCAUCUUCCUCCUCAACAAGAAACUCCUGCGGCAGUGACGGAGGCCAUGGGCGCUCCCUGAGCCCUCUUCCCUGCUGGAUGCUAGUCUGACCCGCACUCACCACCGCACUUCCCUGCGGCUCCCCAGCCCGGGACUUAGGACCCCCGGGGCUCAGGGGCUCAGGACGGGGCUGAGCGCUGGAGUCCCACACCCCCCCAGCUGGUCACAGACAGGGUGUCCCGCUAAUGGGAGCCUCGCCCUGAGUCUGGCCGUGUGGCUGAUAAGCCCCAGAGCCCUCGCCUCCCUCCAGUAGGGCAUGAGGCCAGGGCCUGCCCUUUGCCUGGGGGAGGCUGCUGCCCUCCCGUGGUCACCCCAGUAUGACCCGCACUGCCCUGGGCUCCGGGUUCCCUCCCCAUCCCUUCUCCCUGCAUGCCCCCAAGCCAGGGCCGGCUGCCCUCUCCCUGCUGCCCGCCCCCAUGGCGGCUUGGUCAGGAUGGCCCCCGUCAAGCUCAGAUUUCAUUCCUUUGUGGGUCCCUCGGGGAUUUAUUCUCCCCCAGCACAUGCACCAUGCGUCACUGUGCGGCUUUGAUCAUGGCUUUAAUUCAUGCACCUUUUUGAGCUCAGAGGAGUUGUCGUGUCCCACAUUCACACUAACGUCAGGGCGCCUUGGGUCAGGGGCAGGAAGGACCCCUGUGUGUUGAAGACCCCGUCCGUCCACUUCCUACGGUACAAGGAGCGUCUCUCCCCCUCGGGACUCCGAUUCUUCUGGGCAGUUUCAGUCCAUCUGCACCCGCCUUCCUGUCCCUCUGCCCCUGAUGUCAUUUGAAUAAAAGCAGCUAUCACCCCACA